AUAAUGGGUGUGCUAACUUAUGUCUCCGAACUCUACUCUGAUUUGGCUGAUAACUUCAAUGCUAAGAAGAAAAAGAAGAGCUUUCAGACGGUGGAGAUAAAAAUAAGAAUAGAUUGCGAGGGGUGCGAGAGGAGGGCCCGUCACUCCGUGGAAGGAAUGAAGGGCGUGACCAAGGUGGAACUUGAAGCGAAGGAGAACAAGUUGACCGUUUCGGGCUACGUUGACCCCAAGAAAGUCCUCAAGAGGGUGAGGCGAAAAACGGGGAAGAACGCGGUGAUGUGGCCGUACAUAAAGCACGACUUGGUGUACCAUCCGUACAUCGCCGGAGCAUACGACAAGAAGGCGCCGCCGGGAUAUGUUCGUGACGUCAGCAACGACCCUAACCUCGGAAACCUCGCACGUGCUUCCUCGGUUGAGGAGAGGUAUGCGACCGCCUUUAGUGAGGAGAAUCCUAAUGCGUGUGCAAUCAUGUGAAUUUGAUGGGGGUUUUUUUUUUUAU